AUGCAAGACGGCUUGAAAGCCGCCAUGACCAGUUCCAAGAGCCCCGUUCAUACUGCGACGAGCAAUGGAAAUGGUGCUAUAAACAUAUCAAGUCCUCGCGUUGGCAGCGCCAGUUCAACAGUAAUAGAAGAGGGCCAAUCAGGCGAUGAUCGCUCAUCCAAAGGCGUUAGAUUGGAAGCACACACUCAUGUUCAUGGAGUGGAAUCGGAAAAACCACUUGUUGCGGGGAAAGAUGAUAUUGAUGGACGUCAAGGAAAAGUCAUUAAAGAAUGUGCUACUGAGAAGGCAUCUCAUCUAGUCACAAAAGAUGACAUAACGGCUCUAUUUGAUGCCAAUCUUCCGGCACCAACCAGAAAAUCUGAUCCGAUGGCACGCGGAAAGGUCAGUGAUUCUGAAGUCUGCGAUGACAAGCAGGCGGCUCGGAUAAGGCGACAACAAGAAAAAAAGAGAGAAAAGCAGCAGAGGGAACUCAAACGUGAGCAGGAGAAACAAGAGCGGGAAGCGAGAAGACUGGAGGAGAAAAAUAGGAAAGAUGAAGAAAAACGUGAGCGUGCCAGGAAGAAAGAGGAAGAGAGAAAGCAGAAAGAAUUGAAAAGAGAGGAAGAAAAGCGUCAGCGAGAAAUGAAGCGUGAAGUCGAAAAGCAGCGGAAAGAAGACCAGCGUCUCAGACGCGAAGAAGAGAAGAAGGCCAAAGAGGAGGAAAAAUUGCGUAAAGAGGAAGAUAGGGAAAAAGCCCAGGCCCGUAUUGGUAACUUCUUCAAGAAAGCAAAGCCUUCCAAGACGGCAAUUGUCACCAAAAGCGAUUUUGAAAAGUCGUUUUUACCAUUUUAUCUGAGAAAUGGAGUACGGUUCGCCAACGACAAGAUUCUCACGCCAGAGAAAUUACUUGUGUCAAAAUCCUCGAUUGAUUCCCAACUGAUACAAAAUUUUGAGAACAAAACCGAGCGUUGGCUAAUGUCCACCCCACGAUUGGUGGCUAACUCAAUUACAAUGACCGCUACUAAUCUUAUGCAGCAAAUGACGAGCAAGGAGAAAUCUGAAGACGAUUUCCAGAAGCUUUUGCAACAGAUUCCUCAAAAAUAUAUCAAAUUCUAUGAGAAUGUGCGACCUCCCUACAUAGGGACUUAUUCUAAAGAGAUUAUCUUGCCCAAGGAUAAUCCGCUUUCCACAGCAGAAACCGGAUACGACUACGAUUAUGAUUCCGAUUGGGACUGGAAUAAUGAGGGCGACGAAGAAGGCGGAGGCAUUGAGGAUUUAGACGAUGCGGAGGUUGAAGAAGAGGAAGAUGAUGCAGAAGAUGGCAGUGAGGGCGAGUUUGACGAGUUUUUGGAAGACGCCGAUACUAUAGAUGGAGCGAAAAAACAAAAAUUUGUUGGACCAUUAAUACCUACCGUAAAACUCAGAACAGAUUAUUGUUCUUUACCAGAUGAUGAUCGCUAUUACUUUGAUCUCGUUUCGGUCGAAGCUCUCAUUAUUCAACAACCAUUCCCCAUUUCCAUCGAUUACAAUCCACCUAGCAAGCGCCCAGCUAACGACGAAAACAAGGUAGACGCCAGAGACGAACCUAGCCAUAAAAAUGCUAAGUCUGUCAUAACAGAGAGCGCUGAUCUUAUUACCUUGUACAAUGAGGUGCAUGAAAGCUCUUUUUCAUUAGCCACGCUGACCGAGUUGGCCCAAAAUAAGCUUCCAAAAUACAGCAAAAAAACGAUCAGAAAUACAAUCAAAGAUCUAGCCACCAGGGUCGCCGUAGAUGGGAAAGCGUCUAAAAUCUGGCAGCUCAAUGACAAGGAAAAAUGGGAAAAUUUGAAAAUAGGAAAAUCCUUACCUGAGAGCUAA